AUCCCGAGUGUUUUCUGGGCGUUAGUGAGUUGCACACUACACACACAGUAAACUCUUCCCUCGGGUCUCAGUCUCAGACCUCGAUUUCGAUGUCUGAAAGUGAAAGGUAUUGAAUCCAAACGAGUCGACUCGUUGUCAGACUAGUUCCCUGUAUUUCUCUCCCAAGUCACACCGUCUGCUUUACUGUCGGAGAUGGGAAACUGCAACGGCUUACCGUCCAACGACGAUCGGCAUCCGCCACCUCCAAUCAACGUCAUUAGCGUGCGUCCCGAUGAUAAACCCACUACCCCAACUCCUCCAAACCAGCAUCAGGGGCCACCCCAACCACCAAGCGCCGUUCACCGUCCACUCUCAGGAACCGGACGCGUCCUCGGCCGUCCGAUGGAAGAUGUUCGGGCCACGUAUGUUUUUGGCCGCGAGAUCGGUCGCGGCCAGUUCGGCGUUACAUGUUUAGCCACGCACAAGGAGACCAAAGAGCAAUUCGCCUGUAAAUCUAUUGCUACUCGUAAGCUGGUGAACCGCGAUGACAUCGACGACGUCCGCAGGGAGGUCCAGAUCAUGCACCACCUGACGGGCCACCGUAACAUAGUGGAGUUGAAGGGGGCGUAUGAGGAUCAUCACUCGGUGAAUUUGGUGAUGGAGCUGUGUGAAGGUGGUGAGCUGUUCGAUCGAAUCAUCCUGAAGGGGCAUUACUCUGAACGAGCGGCCGCAGCGUUGUGCCGUCAGAUCGUGACCGUUGUUCAUUAUUGCCAUUCUAUGGGGGUGAUACACCGGGAUCUUAAACCGGAAAAUUUUUUGUUUCUCGGUAAGGACGAGAAUUCCCCUUUGAAGGCCAUAGAUUUUGGGCUAUCGGCGUUCUUCAAACCCGGAGAAGUAUUUAGAGAUCUUGUUGGAAGUGCAUAUUAUGUAGCUCCAGAGGUCCUGCAACGGAAUUAUGGAACUGAAGCUGACAUUUGGAGUGCUGGAGUGAUACUAUACAUUCUUCUUAGCGGGGUUCCACCCUUCUGGGGAGAGAAUGAGCAGGGUAUUUUUGAUGCUGUUCUCCGAGGAAAUAUUGAUUUCUCAUCUGAUCCUUGGCCUUCCAUAUCUAGUAGUGCUAAAGAUCUUGUGAAGAAAAUGCUACGGGCUGAUCCAAACGAGCGGAUUUCUGCAGUUGAAGUUCUAAGCCAUCCAUGGAUCAGAGAAGAUGGGGAUGCAUCUGACGAGCCAAUUGAUAUUGCUGUUCUAACCAGAAUGAAGCAAUUCAGGGCAAUGAACAAAUUGAAAAAAGUAGCUCUACAGGUUAUUGCAGAAAAUCUUUCUGAAGAGGAGAUCAUGGGGUUGAAAGAGAUGUUCAAAUCCAUGGACACAGAUAACAGUGGAACAAUCACUUUUGAGGAAUUGAAAGUGGGUCUUCCAAAAUUGGGUACCAAGGUUUCUGAAUCUGAAGUCAAGCAGUUGAUGGAAGCGGCUGAUGUUGAUGGAAAUGGAACCAUUGAUUAUAUUGAGUUUAUAACAGCUACAAUGCACAUGAAUAGAAUGGAGAAGGAAGAGCAUCUAUAUAAAGCCUUUGAAUAUUUUGACAAAGACAAGAGCGGGUACAUCACAAUGGAGGAAUUGGAGCAAGCCCUUAAGAAGUAUAAUAUGGGUGAUACAAAAACAAUAAAGGAAAUAAUUGCAGAAGUUGACACAGAUCAUGAUGGAAGAAUCAACUAUGAUGAGUUUGUUGCCAUGAUGAGGAAAGGCAAUCCUGAGUUGACCACCAACAGACGCCGAAAAUAAUUAACGACUUGGUUGGGUGAUUUAAUGCUCUUUAGUUCAACCUCAUUUGGCCUGUGAAUUGUGUUGCAGACUUGCAGUUUUAUGGCUGCGUGUUUGAUAACCAUUGCAGUCGGUUCUUAUUAAAUGGUUUGUAAUUCCCUGCACACCCUUCUGAAAAUUUGAGGGAUUAGUCCUCUACAUGUGCACGACUCUGCAGGAUAGCGUAUGAUUUGUUUGGUGGGGAAGCAGGGAGGAUCCAAUAGAAGACUGAAGGAUUAGGGUACAAAGUACAAACUCUAUGGAUUAGGCGAGGACCUCACAGCUCAAAUGGUCCCCCUCUCUGUAUCACAACCCUGCCCUGGGACAGAUAUGUCAAUACGUUCUCACCUCCCAAAGUAGUAACAAUGAUAAAAUGAAAAAGGAAAAACAGAAGGGAUGAUUGUACAGUCCAA